GGCAGUGGGUGAGUCUUCCUGGGUCCAGAUUUAGGCCUCCACUGCCUGGCAGUGGGUGAGUCUUCCUGGGUCCAGAUUUAGGCCUCCGCUGCCUGGCAGUGGGUCAGCCCUCCUGGGGCCAUGCCUGGCUUUCAGCAGCCUUAACCUCUCACCUCCUCCAGCUGUUCUUCAUGCACCUGCUGCCCAACUUCGCCGAGUGCUGGUGGGACCAGGUCAUUCUAGACAUCCUGCUUUGCAAUGGUGGAGGCAUCUGGCUGGGCAUGACGGUGUGUCGUUUCCUGGAGAUCCGCACGUACCACUGGGCCAGCAUCAAGGACAUCCACACCACCACAGGGAAGUUGAAACGUGCAGUGUUGCAGUUCACGCCCGCCAGCUGGACCUACGUGCGAUGGUUUGACCCAAAGUCCUCCUUCCAGAGGGUGGCAGGCAUCUACCUCUUCAUGAUCAUCUGGCAG